AUAAAGACUGAGAGCAUUUGAUGUCAGAAGGGGGAGUGGUAUUAUAUAGGUCUUAGCCAAGACAUGUGAUAGUCACAGUAGGGGUUGCUGAAAAAGAAGUCUGUGACUCUAGUUAACCAGUUUAAGCAGAUCUUGUAUGAUCUAGAGGGAAAAUGUUCCUGGCUUUUUUGUAUUGCCUGCUAUGGAGUUUCCAGAUCUCCGCUGGCCAUUUCCCCAGAGUCUGUGCUUCUUCUGAGAAUCUGAUGGCAAAGGAGUGCUGCCCACUAUGGAAGGGGGAUGGGAGCCCCUGUGGCCAGCUUUCAGGCAGAGGCUUCUGUCAGGACGUCCUUCUGUCCAAUGCACCCUCUGGGCCUCAAUUCCCCUUCAGAGGGGUGGAUGACCGGGAGUCCUGGCCUUCUGUGUUUUAUAACAGGACCUGCCAGUGCUCUGGAAACUUCAUGGGAUUCAACUGUGGAAAUUGUAAGUUUGGAUAUGUGGGUCCAAACUGUACAGAGAAGCGACUCUUGGUGAGAAGAAACAUCUAUGAUUUGAGUGACCCAGAGAAGGAUAAAUUCUUUGCUUACCUCACUUUAGCAAAGCAUACUAUCAGCCCAGACUAUGUAAUUCCCACAGGCACCUACAGCCAAAUGAACAAUGGGUCAUCACCCAUGUUUAAUGACAUCAACAUCUAUGACCUCUUUGUCUGGAUGCAUUACUAUGUGUCAAGGGACACGCUGCUUGGGGGCUCUGAAAUCUGGAGGGACAUUGAUUUUGCCCAUGAAGCUCCAGGAUUUUUGCCUUGGCACAGACUCUUCUUGCUACUGUGGGAACAAGAAGUCCAAGAACUAACUGGAGAUGAGAACUUCACUAUUCCAUACUGGGAUUGGCGGGACGCAGAAAAAUGUGACAUUUGUACAGAUGAGUACAUGGGAGGGAGUCACCCUGAAAACCCCAACCUACUCAGCCCAGCAUCCUUCUUCUCCUCCUGGCAGAUUAUUUGUAGCCAAUUGGAUGAGUAUAACAGUCAUCAGGUUCUGUGUGAUGGGACACCUGAGGGACCACUGUUACGAAAUCCUGGAAACCAGGACAAAGCCAAAACUCCAAGACUGCCCUCCUCAGCCGAUGUGGAAUUUUGCCUGAGUUUGACCCAGUAUGAAGCUGGUUCCAUGGACAGAGCUGCCAAUUUCAGCUUUAGAAACACACUGGAAGGAUUUGCUAGUCCACUCACUGGGAUAGCAGAUGCUUCUCAAAGCAGUAUGCACAAUGCCUUACACAUGUACAUGAAUGGAACAAUGUCCCAAGUUUCUGGAUCAGCCAAUGAUCCUAUUUUUCUUCUUCAUCAUGCUUUUGUGGACAGGUUAGUUGAAAUUUCUUUGUAA